GAUUUCAUCUAAUAACUUUUGAAACCUCUUACGAAUCAAACCAAGACCAAGACACUCUGUUGCUCUCGUCGUCACCGUUUGUGGAGUUCAAAGAAAGAAAGAAAGGAAAAAAACAAACUGUGUGUUUCAGUGAUUUUGAAUUUGAAUUUAAAGUGAAGUAAAACAUGAUUUCAACAAUGAAUAUUGUAUUUGCAAUUAGUGCUGUGGUGUGUAUAUUCCGUGUGCAGGAUGUCGUUGGUGGUGCCACUGAAGAGCAGAUGUGGGCAGCCGGAGGUCUUAUGCGUGACGUAUGUUUACCCAAGUUUCCCAAAGUAACUAAAGAAAUUGCUGAUGGAAUACGAGCUGGUAACUUGCCCAAUGAAAAGGAUGCCAAGUGCUAUGUCAAUUGUAUAUUGGAGAUGAUGCAAACGAUGAAAAAGGGUAAAUUCUUGUAUGAAGCCUCUUUGAAGCAAGUGGAAAUUCUUAUGCCCGAUCAUUACAAAGAAGAAUACAGGGCUGGCUUGGCCAAGUGCAAAGAUGUUGCUGUCGGUGUGAAGAACAACUGUGAAGCAGCCUACACCAUUUUCACGUGCUUGCGCGGUGAAAUCACCAAAUUCGUAUUUCCUUAAGUGCGCCAAAUGCACCACCGCCACUAUUUAUGUAUGUACAAAAAUCCCCCAUUGGCCAUAGAUACAUAUGUAUGUUACGUAAUUUAUUUCAAUUCUCUUUUGAAAUUGUCAUGACGCCGCUGCAAGACAAUUAACAAACUACAAAUUUAGUUAUUUAUUAUUAUUUAAAUUGCCGUAAAGAAACAUUAGGCCACCAUAUAAUUAUUUUCAUGUUCCCUGUCUCAUGUUUUAUUUACUAUUUAUUGUCUAUCAUCGAUUUUAAAGUGCGUGUCUAAUAUAAUUUAAAUAAAAAAACCUCAAAAAUUAUCAAAAACAAA